AUUACCAAAGCAUAUUUCCCGCAAUGAGCACGGAAUAGGAACUGCUGCUAGGCAUCGAGCCAUCGACACGACGCGACCAAGCAACUGGUUGAGGUGCGCCCCCAUGGCCGGAAGCCGCCGCCGCCGCCGCGGGAGAGCGCGGUCGCCACAGCAGGGCGCCGAGUCGUCGCCGCUGGCAGACGCCACUCCGACUAGCAGACAAGUUACAGUUGUGGGGAGGCCCUCUAAGAACAUCUGCCAUGCCUCAGGGUCUACAUCCUCCCUUUCUUCUGGACCUCAUGUUUUUGCAGAUCUCCUGGACAACCUGCUUCACGAAAUCAUUGCUCGUUUUAACUCAUUCCAUGACUUCCUUGCUUUCAUUGGUACCUGCCACUCUUGGCGCGCUUCAGUCUCUUCCUUCCCUUCUGUGUAUAUCUUCAGCUUCCCACCACUCUGCCUGAAACCAGAUGGUCCUUAUGUUCGUCCCCAUACAGGCUAUAUCAAGCCCAUGGAUUUAUCUAAUUGCAAAUGGCAGCUCAGUGAUCUCAGCAAGAAAAACUUAUCCCUCUGUUGUUCAGUUCCUCAAAAUACUCCAGAUAACAUGUACUAUUUGGGCUGCUCAUAUGGGUAUCUUAUCUUUUCCUAUGAAGAAAACUGCCUCCUUGUCAAUGUGUUGACUGGUACCAAGGUGAAGCCCCCCAAACUCCCACCCAACAAUGAACUUGGCUACUCUUCUGGCAUAGGCAUUCUUACAGCUGCAUUGAGUUCACCCAACUCACGCCUCCUCCUUUGCUCAAGAACCUCAAUGUUUGAGUGGCAGGUUGGAACAAACUCCUGGUCAGAGCACCCUCUUUCCUUUCAGAGAGAACGCAUCCAUCAGAUUCUGUUAUUCAAUGGUGAUAUCUUUGUCAUAGAUGCUCUUCUCAGGCUCCACACUAUAUACUUGGCACCUCAAUUCAGCAUGCAAAAAGUAGCAAUUAAGUGGGAAUCCCUGCCUAUUAACCCAUGGUUGGUGGUCUGUGGUGACAUGCUUCUCAUGGUUGACCUCUCGAUUAGCUCCCACGAGUUAAAUGGAUCAUACCGCUUCUUUGAGGUCUUUCGCCUUGACUCCUCGGUUGAACCAGCUAAGUGGGUGAAGAUGGAGAAGUUGGAAAAUCAAGCACUGUUUGUUAGCCUUGAUACGAGGACUCCUACAUUUUCUUGCAUGAGCCCUGAAAGAUGGGGAGGAAGGAGUAACUGCAUUUAUGUUGCCAAGCUAUUUGAAGAUCCUGAUGAAACCUGGACUGCGGUUGAGCUUGGUCAGCCAGUGUACAAAAAUACAGUUCCCACCAUAUUAUAUGGUUGUUCAUUCCCUCAUGACUACAGUCUACUAAGUAGCUUCUGGGUGUUUCCCAGUUCAGUUUAUGGUUGUGGCUAGUAACCUUGUCGCUUGGGUUUUGGCUAGUCUUGCAGAAGCCCUGUCGAUUAUUGUAGUUUGCAACUAAGUUCUGUAACUGUAAUGGUUUCCUGUGUUGCCACCAAUGUUUUGUGUUCAUGGAUAGCUUUUGUU